AUGGCCUUAUCCACACUUUCUCCUCCAUCUCUGGCCACUGUUCCCGCCGCCUCGGCACCCAAGCUCGGACACCCCUCCGUCGCCGCCGUACCACUCCGAACUGACCUCCGGAACGAACGCAUCUCGACUGCCGCCGCCGGCGACUUCGCUCCUCUGCCGGCAGGUCCUCAUAAAUGGAGGACACGCGUCUCCUUCUUUUCUGGUUUACUGACCAACAACAGGGCGAAAAAUCGGGAGACCACAAAAGAAGAGCUUCUCGAAGCCAUUGCUCCCCUCGAUCGUGGUGCCGAAGCCACCCCUGAAGAUCAACAAAUCAUUGACAAGAUAGCUCGGAAGCUGGAAGCUGUUAAUCCAACAAAAGAACCGCUCAAAUCCGAUUUACUCAACGGGAAGUGGGAACUCAUUUACACGACUUCAGAAUCCAUUUUGCAAACAAAGAGACCCAAGUUCUUAAGAUCUCGAGCAAACUUUCAAGCAAUUAACGCCGACACUCUUCGAGCUCAGAAUAUGGAGUCGUGGCCAUUUUUCAAUCAGGUUACUGCAGAUUUAACGCCACUGAGUGCAAAUAAAGUGGCUGUGAAGUUCGAUUACUUCAAGAUUGGUGGUUUGAUACCUGUUAAAGCUCCUGAAAGAGCUCGAGGCGCACUGGAAAUCACUUACUUGGAUGAAGAACUGAGAGUAUCAAGAGGGGACAAAGGCAAUCUCUUCAUCUUGAAAAUGGUUGAUCCCUCCUAUCGGAUCCCUAUUUGA